CAUGGCGGCUCUCUAACGCCGUUGCCAUGGAGACGGAACACAAACACGAAGCAGUCCGACAGGUGGACAGUUGUUUCCUCUCGGUUCUCACAGCAGAGUGAGGAAGAGGAGGAGGAGAUCAUGCCGAAGAAAGCAAAGAAAGGUGGAGGAGGGAAAGGCGUUGGGAAGACGGAGGAGGAGAGGCUGUUGUACCUGCAGCAGAGAGCUCAGGCUGAGGAGGAGCUGGCCCAGAAGAAGGAGGAGAUCCUGACACUGUUCCUGAAGGACAAGUUGCAGAAGGAGGAGAAGAACACCGCGGUGAACCUGCUGAAGCUGAACGAAGGCUGGCGGUCCAUCCUCCGCCAGACUCGAGCCGCCGAGCUGCGUAAAGACAUCGCGGUGCUCGGUCAGACGUUUGAGAGACACCUGGACGGCCUGGACAGCGUCAUCAAGAAUCUGGAGCAUGACCUGCAGGAGGCGGAGCUUCAGUCGGCGCGGGUGCGACGGAUUCACCUGCAGCACCUGGAGCGUCUGUGGGCGCAGCAGGACAAACGUCUGACGUUCGUACAGCAACAGUGGGAGGACAGCCUGCAGCUCCUCAGCUCCACGUUCCACUCUGAGAGGAAGCAGAUGUUGUCGAACUCCAAGCAGCAGCGAGCUGAUCUGGGAGACGCCAGGUUCACAGUGGAGCAGCAGCACCAGACCAUGAUGACCGAACUCCACAGACUGUACAGCGAGAGCAUGGCGUCGUACGCGAGCGACCACGACAACAGGACGGCCUCUCUGGUCCUGGAGGACAAGGAGAAGCUGAAUGUGAAAUCCUUCCAGAACCAGGAAUCGGCGCACGUUUCCAGCAAAGAAACAAAAAAGCUCAACGAGCUGCUGUUCAGAAACCAAAAGUUCACUGAGAGGGCCGACGCAGACGUAAAGAAGGUGCAGAGCCUGCAGGGUUUAGUCCUUCUGCUGAGGGUGAGACUGAACUCCUGUAAGACAGAAAAACAGUCGGUGGAAGACGAUCUGAUCGCCGCCAAAAAGCAGGUGAACCUAAAGACUCACAAGCUUCGGGACCAGCUGACUCAGGCUCAAACGGCGGCAAGGAAGCAACUCACCGAUCUCACAGUCCAGAGUGACAACGCCGUCAAGAAACUGCAGGCGGUCAUCGCCAAGGGCGAGAGGGUUUUACGGGCCGCUGAAAUGUGUCGCAAGCUGGAGAGCGAGCAGAUGAACGUGUUGUCAGGAUUAAUCCCUACAGAGGACUGCAGACAGGAAGCAGCUGAGACAGAGGGACCGGCACAGGAGGCGUUGGCGUUCUCAGAGCUGCGACGGGUGACGCUGAGCAUGAACCGUGCGCUGCUGCAGCGAGAAGCUCUGAGGAGACAAAGGGAUGACCUGAGCCGUGAGAACCGGCAGCUGAGGCUCCUGCUGCGUCAGCACCUGGACGCCAUGACGGUCAGCGAGCACGCCUUCGAUGGACACCACACCCUGCUCGCUGUGCACCAGGCCCCGACCACCGCGGUCCCGCCAGGCACCGACAGACGACACACCGUCAUCGAGGCCGUCCACGUCCUCAAACACUCCCUGUAGGACCGUUUGACUCAUUCAACAAAAAUCACCAAAAUAAAACGUUUUCUUUGAUGAAAUAUAUAAAAUAAAAUAUUAUCAAUUCAACAUUGACUUACUUUAAUUCUCCCAGCGGCAGCACAGACGUCACAUCUUCAACAUGAUGAGUGGUCUUCACAGUCCUGAUCCUUGUAGACCAACCAUUAUGGUCUUUAAACAACUAAAACAGUUGUUUCCACCAGACUUGUGUAAAACAAAACAUGUGACUUUUAAUAACUCACUUUGAAUUCGGGCUCCGACUCUCUUUCAAACAUUUCCCAGGAGUUUUUAUUGGCGGUUCAGGUGUUGGUGGUCAUCGUCUCUCAGACACUCUGUGUUCGCUCGCUUUCUUGCCACGUUUUCCAGAUAGACCUUUUUCACAGCAGCAGUUUGGCAUAAAAUUGUAGGGUAAUCACAGGUGUUAGUAAUUAGGCUCUGUUCCAUUCCAGCAUAUUUGAUCAUUUUAAUACAAUUUCCAGGUGUUUCCAGGACGUGUGUGAACUGUUAAAACUAAAAUACUAUUAUUUCUACUGUGUAACAACAGUUUGAUGCAUUUUCUUUAAUAUUGAUUAAAAUCAAUAAAGUGACAGCACUCAAUAUACAGUGUUUAAUGAUUAUCAUUGUUAAUGAUGCAUUCACAAUGUCACAUGAAUAAAAUUAGUUUAAAUCCA